AUGAGAAGAGCAUUAAAAAAGAAGAAAAUAAAUGAUAAAUUAGGAAAAUUAGUAUUUAAUGGUUUAGUCCGGAUGCAAUAAAUGAUUAUCAGAAACAAAAUUGAACCAACAUUAUUCAAUCUAGUAUUUGCAAAAAUCCUUUUGUUAAUUUCUGCCUUAUAAGAAAUAUAAUUAAUCACAUCUACUGAUAUUCAAAAUUACACUUCUAUGUAAAUACAAGGUUCAUUAUUGUCUUUUUUAUAAAAGUUUUCAAUAAAUUUAAUUAAAUAUGAUAGAGAUGAACUAUUUUUAUUUUUGUUGCUCUCAACUGAAGUAAUAUAUUUUUUAGUGGUGCUAAUAGUUUAUUUUGAUAGGAAGGAGAAAUUUAUUCUAGUAGGAUAAUUUUACAAAUAUUUUCAAAAUAUUUUUCACUCAAUAAUAUUCCUGCCAACUUUAAAUAUUUCAUUUAAUUUUGCAAAUUCAUUAAAUUAUAUAGAACUGUCAAUAAUUGGAAUAAUAUUAGGUUUAUUUUUAGAAUUAAUUUAUUGUUUUUGUAAUAUUAAAAACAGUUUAGUUGAAAUUGAAGGCUGUUACUCAUCAAGACUGGCUAAUUUAUUUUAUUUAAUUAUGCAAUUUAUAAUUUGUUUUGUAGUUCAAAAUAAUUAUUAAUAUUAAGUGGCUCCAGCUCUUAUGCUUUUUUCAAAAUUCAUAAUGAUUACUUAAAAGAUUAAUUCUUAUUAAUAUAAUAGUUGGUACUAUAUAUAAAUAACCAAUUUUGUAAUAUCAUAUAUAUUAAUACUUUUAACAAAUCAAUAUUGGUAUGAUUUAGCAUUGAUUUACAUUUUAUUUAUUUCUAUUUAAAUAUAAAUAAGAUAAAGAAAAUUAGGAGAAGAAUUAUUUUCAAAAAAUAAUGAAAUAAAUAUAUUUAAAUAUAGUAUUUUUAGAAAUUAAGAAUUGAUAAAUAAUUUUAAAUCAUUUUCUCAUUUUUUUACAGAAAUUUAAGAAUAAAAUAUCGUAAAAUACUAAAAAAGAGUACUAUAAAAUGGUAAUAUUCAAGAUAAAUUAACUGUUUUAUAACAUGUUUUCAAAUAUAAGAAAAUUUAGUUAUAUCUAAAUUUAAUAAAUAUUGAGAAAACAAAUUUAAGUUAUUUGUAAUAAUUAACUUUAGAAGCCAAUUUAUUAAAUGUAAUUUAAUCCUGUGAGAAAUUAAUUACAUCUCCUUUAAAUGUUAAUUUAUACAUUAAAACAUUAGCUUUAGAGCAAUAAAAUUUUUAAUUAUUAAUUAAUUUUAUAGAUUUAAAAAGUUAAUUUUAUAUCUUAUUGACAAAAGAAUAAGCUUUGGAUUAAUAUCUUAAAACAUUUAGAGUUUAACUUAAUAAGAUUUUAAAUACACUAGAAAAAUACAAGAAAAUAUUUGAAAAAUAAUAUGACUUACAAACAGGAAGAUUAUAAGAAUUUAAGAAUUCUGAUUAGAUUUCAAUAAAUAUAGUAUCUUCAUUUUUGUUUAUAUUUUACAGUAAUUAUUUUUAAGUAAUCUACAAAUUUAAUGAUAGGUUAAAGAUCUUUAGAAGAGAUAAAGUGACUUACUUGCUUAUGAUAAAAUAAUGAAUUCAAAAUUUCAGAAGAGUAAAUAUAUAUUUUAAAAUUAUGAUAGAUGAAGUCUUUUUAUUGUCAUCAAGUUUUAUAAAAGAUUCAAACAAUAUAAUAAAUAAAAAUAAUAAAAGAUUACUCUAAAUAAUAGGUGGACAAUUAGAACCAAAAUAACUUAUUGAAUUGUUACCUUAAUUUUAAAAGACUGUGUAUAAUAGUUUUAUUAGUCAAUAUUUAUAUUAAGGAUUAGAUAUUAAUUAGCCUUUGAAUUUAUAUUUUUAUAAAAAUGAAUAUUUGAUAGAAUGCAAUUUGUACAUUUAUGUAACAAUUAGUUAAGAUGAUAUUAUCUUAUAAAAUUUAUUGGUAAUUAAAAAUUAACCUAAUCAUUUUGCAAUAUUUGAUUCUGAAGGAAAAAUAUUAGGAAUAUCUUAAUAGAUUUAUGAAUUUUUAAUAUCAAAGUCUGAUAAUGCUUUUACUAAGAAAUUAAUAGUUUCAGAAUUUAUUCAAUAAGGAAUGAUAUAAUAUUAUCUUCCAGAAAUAUAUUCACAUAUAUAAGAAUUGACUACCUAAUAUUCUUCAGGAACAUUUUAAUAAGAAGUGAAUAUUUCAUCUAGAUGGUAAUUUCCUGUGAAUCAUAAAAAAUGUCUUGAAUAAACUUAAGCAUUAGGACUUGUUAAUGAUGAAGGAACUAUAUCAUCAUAAUUUAAGAAAAUAUUUUAUUCUUCAUCUACAAAAAGAUUGAUUUCUACAAAAUAACAUAAAUUAACAGACGAAAUGCCAAUUAUUAAAAAUGUGAAAAUUAAGAUUAUGUAAAAAUAAAUUAUGAACUAAAUAUAAGCAUUAGUAGUACCAUCAUCAAGAUUAAAAAGUAUAGAUUUUGAAGGUUCUUUAGAAUUUGUAUAAUAAAAAUUUAUAGAAUCAGAAACAAAUUAUUUUGUAUUAAAAUUUAAAUAGAUAGAAGAAUUUUAAUAAGAAAAAAUAGCUUAAAUUCCUUAAAUAGAAAAUAUUUAAAAUUAAUCUUUAAUUAUUAAUGAUAAAUAAUUUGAAGGAUUAUAAUCAGAUUAUGAAUUCAUUUCAAAUCUAAUUAAAAGUAAAAAAUUAUAUACUCCAUUAAAAUAUAAUAUUUUUAUCCUUACAUUAAUGAUUGUAAUGACUACAAUUGCUUUAGUUGUGAGUUAUCAAUUGAAUUAUAAUAAUAUGAUUAAUUAUCAAGAGGAUGUCAAUUUUUUAAAUACACCUUAAGCUAUGACAUUCAAUAUAGGUGCUUCAUUCAUGUUAAUGUGGAAUCAAUAUUGUAUUUAAAAUAAACUUUAUUUAAUAAGUCCAUAUUUAGAAUAUAGAAGACAAAAUUAAUUAAUUUAUGUUUUUGAUUUUUGGGGUAGUGUUCAUGAAGAAUAUUCAAUGAAUUUAAGUAAGAAAAGUAUUGAAUUGGGUUUUGAUAAGAUUGAUUUAAUUAGUUAUAAGAAUGGUUUGAAGAUUGAAACUUAUUUGGAUUAUUAUGAAUUUUAUACUAUAAUGAGAGAAGCAUUGGUUAGACAAUAUAAAAAGACAGAUUUUAAGAAUAUCAGUACUUUUGAUCCAGAUAUACUUAAAACAAAUGGAUUAGUUCGUUAAAAUAUGUUAAAAAUAUUUAAAUUUCAUAAUUUUAUUUUAGAUGAGAUGAUAUAAACAACAGAGGAAUCUUUUUCAGAAUUUGAAAAUAGCACAUUUAUAUAUUGUGUAUAAUUUUCAUUAGUUAUAUUAUUUCUUUUGA